GGCAACAAUAUGGCGACAUCCGCAGUUUCUCCUGGGUCUUUUAAACAUCCUUAGGCACGCGAGAUCUACAUGGAUCGCUCUUAAUGCGGAAAAACGCUGGCUGUCCUGAAUGGCUUCUAAAUAAAGAGGACUCUGCUGCAGGAUGACAAUAUGGCUGCGCAGCUGCUCGCACCUCCAGGCCCCGACAGCUUCAAGAGGUUCACCCCUGAAUCUUUGGCCAACAUCGAGAAGCGCAUCGCUGAGGAGAAGAAGAAGAAGCCUGUUAAACCCAGAUCUGACAGCAGUCACCGCGAUGACGAUGAUGAAAACAAACCCAAGCCCAACAGUGACCUGGAAGCGGGGAAGGGCGUGCCCUUUAUUUAUGGGGACGUCCCGUCUAAUAUGUUGGCGGUGCCCCUGGAAGACUUGGACCCCUUCUAUUUGAACAAAAAAACCUUUAUAGUGCUUAACAAAGGAAAAACAAUCUUCCGUUUCAGUGCCACGCCCUCAUUAUAUAUCAUUAGCCCUUUUAACCUGUUCAGGCAAAUAGCAAUUAAAAUUUUGAUACACUCACUUUUCAGCAUGAUCAUCAUGUGUACAAUUUUGACGAAUUGUGUCUUCAUGACAUUCAGCAAUCCUCCAGAAUGGUCCAAACAAGUAGAAUACACCUUCACAGGAAUCUACACUUUCGAGUCUCUCACAAAGAUUGUGGCUCGAGGUUUCUGUAUAGAUGACUUCACCUUCCUCAGAGACCCCUGGAACUGGCUGGAUUUCAUGGUCAUCUCUAUGGCAUAUGUAACAGAGUUUGUGGACCUGGGGAAUGUGUCAGCCCUGAGAACCUUCAGGGUUCUACGAGCUCUCAAAACUAUUUCUGUCAUACCAGGGCUGAAAACCAUUGUGGGAGCUCUGAUCCAGUCAGUGAAGAAGCUGUCGGAUGUGAUGAUUCUGACUGUGUUUUGUCUGAGUGUGUUCGCCCUAAUCGGUCUACAGCUGUUUAUGGGUAAUCUUCGGCAAAAGUGUGUCAUCUGGCCAUUCAAUUCAACUGAAUCCUACCUGGCCAACGGCAGCAGGGGUUUCGACUUUAACGAAUACAUCAUGAAUGAUACGAACUUCUACUUCCUGCCAGGCAUGUUGGAUGCACUGCUAUGUGGAAAUAGCUCAGAUUCAGGGCGGUGUCCGGAGGGCUAUACUUGCAUGAAGGCUGGACGCAACCCAAACUAUGGCUACACAAGCUUUGACUCCUUCGGUUGGGCUUUUCUUGCUCUCUUCCGACUGAUGACACAAGACUUCUGGGAGAAUCUGUACCAGCUGACUCUACGUGCUGCGGGAAAAACAUACAUGAUCUUUUUCGUUCUGGUGAUCUUUGUGGGAUCAUUCUACCUGGUGAAUCUGAUCCUGGCUGUGGUGGCCAUGGCUUAUGAAGAACAGAACCAGGCCACCAUUGAGGAGGCCGAACAGAAGGAGGCAGAGUUUAAAGCCAUGCUGGAGCAGCUGAAGAAACAACAGGAGGAGGCACAGGCCAAUGCCAUGGCUACUUCAGCAGGUACAGUCUCUGAGGAUGCAGUGGAGGACGAUGGCGGAGGCCAUCUGUCCCGCAGCUCCUCUGAGGUGUCCAAACUGAGCUCCAAGAGUGCCAAGGAGCGCAGGAACAGAAAGAAGAAGUGGAGGAAAGAGCAGGAGGAGAAAGGAGACAGUGAGAAAGUAGUAAAGUCAGAAUCUGAUGAUGGCAGCAAGAGGAGCCGCUUCCGUUUUAGAGACAACAGGCUUGGGCGGAAGGCCUCCAUCAUGAAUCAGUCGCUGUUGAGCAUCCCUGGCUCACCCUUCAUGUCACGCCGCAGCAGUAUAUUCAGCUUCAAGGGCUCAGAGAAUGAGUUUGCAGACGAUGAGCACAGCACGGUGGAGGAGAGCGAGGACCGCCGCGGCUCUCUCUUCGUCCCGUACAGACGCAGCAGCUACAGCGGCUACAGUCAGGGCUCCUCUCGAAUUAACCCGCUGGCUCCACACCCAGGCUGCAAGCGAAACAGCACGGUGGACUGCAAUGGCGUGGUGUCUCUGAUCGGGCCUGGACCUGGCCGACUACUGCCUGAGGUGAAAAUAGAUAAGGCAGCUUCUGAUGACAGUACAACAGAGGUAGAGGGGAAGAGGAAACACUCAGGUUCUCUUAUGGUGUCCGUGGAUCAGCUCAAUACGUCCUUUAGCCGGAAGGAGCGAGCAAACAGUGCAAUGACUGUUGUCACUAACACACUUGUGGAAGAGUUAGAGGAGUCUCAGAGAAAAUGUCCGCCCUGCUGGUAUAAAUUUGCCAACACAUUCUUGAUAUGGGAGUGUUGUCCAAUCUGGAUAAAGAUAAAGGAGAUUGUGAACCUCAUAGUGAUGGAUCCAUUUGUAGAUCUGGCUAUCACUAUCUGUAUUGUGCUGAACACAGUCUUCAUGGCCAUGGAGCAUUAUCCCAUGACUCCGCGCUUCGAGGAGGUGCUUUCUGUUGGAAAUCUGGUGUUCACAGGUAUCUUCACAGCUGAGAUGUUUGCAAAGCUAGUAGCCAUGGAUCCAUACUAUUACUUCCAGGAGGGCUGGAAUAUCUUUGAUGGCUUCAUUGUGAGCCUGAGUUUAGUGGAGCUGGGGCUGGCGGAUGUAGAGGGCCUGUCUGUGCUCAGAUCCUUCAGAUUGCUGAGGGUGUUUAAGCUGGCUAAAUCAUGGCCUACUCUGAACAUGCUGAUCAAGAUCAUUGGUAACUCAGUGGGAGCUUUGGGAAACCUGACCCUGGUGCUGGCCAUCAUCGUCUUCAUCUUUGCUGUUGUGGGAAUGCAGCUGUUCGGGAAGAGCUAUAAGGACUGUGUGUGUAAGAUCGCCGAGAGCUGUGAGUUGCCCCGCUGGCACAUGAACGACUUCUUCCACUCCUUCCUAAUUGUGUUCCGGGUGCUGUGUGGAGAGUGGAUUGAGACCAUGUGGGACUGCAUGGAGGUGGCUGGACAAUCAAUGUGUCUCAUUGUGUUCAUGAUGGUGAUGGUCAUCGGAAACUUGGUGGUGCUGAACCUGUUCUUAGCCUUGCUGCUGAGCUCCUUCAGUGCUGAUAAUCUGGCAGCCACAGAUGAUGACGGUGAGAUGAACAACCUGCAGAUCUCCGUCAUCCGCAUAAAGAAAGGCAUCGCUUGGUUCAAAGUUCAUGUACGGCUGCUGGUGGCCCACAUCCUGAAAAAGAAACCUCUGGAAGACGAAGACAAACCGCUCGAUGACAUGUAUGACAAAAAACUGAACUUAAUGGGCAAUCACACUGGCGUGGAAAUCAAAUGUGGCGAUCUGAACUACCCCAAGAAUGGGAAUGGUACCACAAGCGGCAUUGGGAGCAGCGUGGGAAAGUACAUGAUUGAUGAGGAGCCCAUGUCCUUCAUCCACAACCCCAACCUCACCGUACGGGUUCCCAUCGCUGUUGGAGAGUCUGACUUUGAGAAUUUGAACACAGAGGACUUCAGCAGUGAAUCGGAUGUGGAAAAUAGCAAAGAUCUGGACGACACCAGCUCUUCUGAAGGAAGUACUAUCGAUAUAAAACCUGAUGAGGAGGAGAUGGCUGUGGUAGAGGUGGUGGAGGAGUACUUAGACCCAGAGGCCUGCUGGACUGAUGCUUGUGUGGCACGCUACAAAUGUUGUGACGUGCCUAUUACUGAGGGCUGGGGGAAGUACUGGUGGUUUCUGAGGAAAACUUGCUACCUCAUUGUUGAGCACAACUGGUUUGAGACGCUCAUCAUUUUUAUGAUUCUUCUCAGCUCUGGAGCUUUGGCAUUUGAGGAUGUAUACAUUGAACAGAGGAAAACCAUUCAGAUCAUUCUUGAAUAUGCAGACAGAGUCUUCACAUACAUCUUCAUCCUGGAAAUGUUGCUAAAAUGGGUGGCCUAUGGGUUUGUCAAAUACUUCACCAAUGCAUGGUGCUGGCUGGACUUCUUCAUUGUGGAUGUGUCUAUAGUCAGCCUUAUAGCUAAUGCGCUGGGCUACUCAGACUUGGGCCCCAUAAAGUCCCUGAGAACUUUGAGGGCUCUCAGGCCCCUGAGAGCUUUGUCCCGGUUUGAGGGCAUGAGGGUUGUGGUGAACGCUUUGGUGGGUGCCAUUCCCUCCAUCAUGAAUGUGCUGUUGGUGUGUUUGAUCUUCUGGCUGAUCUUCAGUAUUAUGGGUGUCAACCUAUUUGCUGGAAAGUACUAUUACUGCUUCAACGAGACUGCAGAGGAGUAUUUUCAUAUCGACGUUGUCAAUAACAGGACCGAAUGCUUUGCACUCAUCAGUGCAAACUACACAGAAGUUCGCUGGAAGAACGUAAAGAUCAAUUUUGAUAAUGUGGGCGCAGGUUACCUGGCACUCUUGCAAGUGGCUACAUUCAAAGGUUGGAUGGACAUCAUGUAUGCUGCUGUGGAUUCCAGAAAGGUUGAGGACCAGCCCCUCUAUGAGGACAACAUCUACAUGUAUAUAUAUUUCGUCAUCUUCAUUAUCUUUGGCUCCUUCUUCACCCUGAACCUGUUCAUUGGUGUCAUUAUUGACAACUUUAACCAACAGAAGAAAAAGUUUGGAGGUCAGGAUAUCUUCAUGACAGAAGAACAGAAAAAGUACUACAAUGCUAUGAAGAAACUGGGCUCAAAGAAGCCACAGAAACCCAUCCCUAGACCUCUGAACAAAAUCCAGGGGAUGGUAUUCGACUUUGUCACUCAGCAGGCCUUUGACAUUUCUAUCAUGAUGCUCAUCUGUCUUAACAUGGUAACCAUGAUGGUGGAAACAGAUGAUCAGUCAGACGAGACAGAGAACAUCUUGUAUUGGAUAAACUUCAUAUUCAUUGUGGCCUUCACCGGCGAGUUCGUCCUGAAACUCUUUGCGCUGCGACACUAUUAUUUCACCAAUGGCUGGAACAUCUUUGACUGCGUCGUUGUCAUUCUGUCCAUUGUGGGUAUGUUCCUGGCAGACCUCAUCGAGAAAUACUUUGUCUCACCAACUUUAUUCAGAGUAAUCCGUCUGGCUCGAAUCGGCCGAAUCCUGCGUCUAAUCAAAGGAGCCAAGGGCAUCCGGACAUUACUGUUUGCUUUGAUGAUGUCACUUCCUGCCCUGUUCAACAUUGGCUUAUUGCUUUUCCUAGUCAUGUUCAUCUUCUCUAUCUUUGGCAUGUCCAACUUUGCUUACGUGAAGAGAGAAGUAGGAAUUGACGACAUGUAUAACUUUGAAACAUUUGGCAACAGCAUGAUCUGUCUAUUCAUGAUCACCACGUCAGCUGGCUGGGAUGGCCUGUUGGCUCCUAUCUUGAACUAUCCUCCUGACUGCAACCCUGAGAAGGAGAACCCAGGAACUACAGUUAAGGGCAACUGUGGCAAUCCUUCAGUGGGAAUCUUCUUCUUUGUAAUGUACAUUAUCGUGUCUUUCCUGAUUGUGGUGAACAUGUACAUCGCCAUCAUCUUGGAGAACUUCAGCGUUGCCACCGAGGAGAGUGCGGAUCCACUGUGCGAAGAUGACUUUGAGUCCUUCUAUGAAAUCUGGGAAAAGUUUGAUCCCGAUGCUUCCCAGUUUAUCACCUUCGCCAAGCUGCCAGACUUUGCGGAUACAUUAGAGCAUCCUCUUCGUGUGCCAAAGCCAAACAUCAUCGAGCUGAUUGCCAUGGACCUGCCCAUGGUGAGCGGCGACCGCAUUCAUUGCUUAGACAUUCUGUUUGCCUUUACCAAGCGAGUGCUGGGUGACAGCGGUGACCUGGACAUGAUGCGACAGCAAAUGGAGGAGCGCUUUGUGGCGGCCAACCCGUCCAAGGUGUCAUAUGAGCCCAUCACCACCACACUACGACGUAAGCAGGAAGAGGUGUCAGCCAUCGUGAUCCAGAGAUCGUACCGUUCCCACCUCGCGAGCAGGGGCUUCAUCUGCAAACGCAGGCCUGCCAACAACAAACUGGAGAACGGUGGGGGCAAUCAGGAGAAGAAAGAGGGCACACCUUCCACUGCAUCCCUGCCAUCCUAUGACAGUGUAACCAAGCCCGAGAAGGAAAAGCAGGACGACAACAACGAAGGCAAGGGCCGCAAGGAGAAAGGCCGAAACCAAAAAGAUGUCAGGGAAUCUAAGUGUUAAGACUGCUGCGGUAACACUCAUGGACAGUGAUAAUGAUCAUGCCGAUAUUUAUAACAAAAAACUGUCAUUUCAAGCGAAUGGAAACCCUGAAUUAACUUAUACAGAUGUACAGAUUAAUUUCAUUUAAGGGGAAAAAACAAAGCCGAAGUAACACGACAAAAAAUUGUUUACAAACGUCAUUGGCGUAUCGAGGCGACGAAAAGUGUUGGGGUUCCUCAAAGCUUGAAGACUCUUACAAGUUAAACCAAACAUAAUCAGCUUCCUGUGUGACACUGUUGCAUCAAGACUUGAUUAAAACAGUAUCAAAUACGAAUUUAAAAAGACCGAUACUUGAUCAAGUGUAUUUUAGAGGGCUAUAUUGCGCUUCAGUAUGGAACUCUUCACCGAGCAGGAAUGUGAUAAUCUCCAAGGGAAAACCAGGAUGGAAUCCCAUGCUUCUGAACUGCGUCGGCGAACUUUCCAUGCAGAAAACAAACACUGCUAUUCAUGAAAGAAUCAGCUUCCCGAAGCGGAGGGCGAAGGAGUCUGCACCGUUUCAUUUCACAUGUGUAAGAACUCUGUGAGAGUGAGCAGGAUAGACAUGAGUGUGAAACAAAACCAAGAGUCUGGCUGAUUCCAACGGUCUCUUUGCGUUUGUUAGCGUCGAAUAUGUUUUACAUGGUCUUUACAUUAUUUGAGCGGCAAAAAAAGGAGGAGAAGCGGGAGGAAAAAACGAAUUAACAUUCAACAUUUUGCCCAUGUCACCCUCAGUAACUGUGUCAUGAUAACUUUGUUAUACCUGCAUCAAAAGGCUUUUUCUACAUGGGCUUUCACACCGAUAGGACCGGGGGCAAUAACCAGGGGCCCCCAAUACACAUCUCCAAAUGAAUAAUAAAUUAUUGUGCUUGUUCAAUGCAUAGAAAUGACUUGCAUGGUGGCAUGUUUUGAUCAGAAAUUUUGCAUGAGUAAUCAUAGUCCACAAAACACUAAUACAGACCACCACAGUGGCUUGACAAUGUUUUAGGCUGUCCACUGGCUAAAUUGAUGACCAGAAACCAAAUUCAAUUGGAUACUGAGAAAAGCCAAUUGGGCCUGAGAUGCAAACCUGCAUCUUCACCUCAAUUAUUAUCAAACAUUAGGACAGAAUUUGGGAUUGGCUUCAGAUGGUGCAAAUGCCUGUGACUAAUCAAUGGCUUAUGUACUUUGAAACAACACUAGAAGUGUGGCACAUUUUGGAAGAGGACAAGUAUGAUGGACAUCCCAUUUUUUGCUGCUCAGGAGAUAAUGAAUGGGAAAACUCAAAUGUUGGAAUGUAUGCAUAUGGAGACGGGAGGGAAAUGAAACAAAAGAUAACACUGUAAUUCCUAAAGCUUCUUAUUUUAUUUGUAUGCAGCAAUAUCGCUUACCUCACCUACGGCACUGCCCGCGCUGCGGGACAUAUGAUAGGUGGGUCCAGGG